AUUAAAAUGAAGUGUGAGGUGACUGUAUUAGUUACUUUGUGUAAAUGGAGGAAGUAGAUAUGUUUUAAAAGGAAGCCACGUCAUUCGACACUCGUGACUUAUUAAUUACUAAAACUUUCAUUUUUAAAUAAACAGAAUUCUAUAGUAAAGUAGCAUACUUAUUCGUCUCGAAUAAUAAUAAUAAAGUUACUAAACAACAAGAAAUUUUCAAUAUGUGUAGGUCUAUCUUGUGCAUCUUAUUUUUACACAUUCAUAUCGCUGUAGUAUAUUCUUCUUGGAACGUUCACAAUAAUACAUGCAAAAACGUAGAUCAAACAGAAAAAAUAAACUUGGCCGGAUGUAUCACAAAAUUUGAUUCUCAAAGUCGUUUGCACGCCGAAUGUGAGAUGUAUACUUAUAUGAUGCAUUACAGUAAAUUAUUCGGAUUUUGGAAAGAUGUUCUUUUAUUGAAUGUUGGAUUAGUGAGUGAAGAACCUGUACAAAACCUUACAAAACCCGUUUGUUUACUAUUAGGAAAUAUCACAAUUUUUAAGUCCCGUCAACCUGUUGAUUAUGAAAAUCAUAAUAAUUAUUUUAUAUUAUCACCAGAUUUCUUGAAUCAGGGUUUCAGUGAAAUAGAGGAAAUGAAAUUCGUAAUUAAAUUCCAUAAGAAAAGAGCGUACGCAAUUGCUUCUAGUAACGGAUAUUGCAGUGUUUUAUCUUUUCAUGAUAAACAAAUUAAUGAAAGCCAAAAUUGCACUAUUUAUAUUGACGCAAUUAAAGAAAUGAUAUUCACCAAAUUCUGGUUUCAGGAUGAUCCCCAUAAUUGCAGUUUAUUACAAUGCAUAAUGAUAUGUUUGGACGAGGUUUUCUUUGUAAAAGAUGCUGUUAUAGAUAUUCUCAAAGUUGAUUUUACGUCAGCCGUUGAAACACCAAUAAUCUUUUUCCAAUUUCUUUCAUUAUUCAAUAUUACAAAAUUGGAUCUUUCUAAAAAUUAUUUUGAUAUAAUAGAGAAAGAUCAAUGUCCAGAAUUUCCAUCAUUAAUUAGUUUGGAUUUAAGUCAAGGCGACAUAAAGUUUAUUGAAUCAAAUGCUUUUGAAGACUUUAACCAUUUGCGAGAAUUGAAUCUCAGUCACAACAAAUUACAGUCCGUACCUGAAACUAUAUCACUUCUACCUACUUUAAGAAUACUCGAUCUGUCUGAAAACCAUAUUUAUAAUCUAAACACAUCGUCAGCAUCUAAUAUUACUGUAUUAAUACUUCGAGGUAAUCGUUUGCUUACACUGAAAUCAUCUUCAUUAAUUUCAUAUCCGAAACUUCAGCAUCUCGACUUAUCUAAAUGCUCUUUGAUCAAUCUUCAUCCAGGUGUAUUUAACAACUGCAUAUUUCUGGAAUAUUUAGACUUAUCUGAAAAUCAUCUUUCUUCUCUUCCGAAAAACUUUUUCGUUGGUAUUACUUCACUUAAAAUGCUUAAUUUAACGAAUAAUUAUUUUGUUGUGAUUCCUGACUUGCAUCCCAUUGUAUUUUUACAAACAUUAGACAUGUCGUAUAAUUUCUUGAAGAAUAUAUCUAAAUCAAGUAACGUUCGGCUAGAAAAUAUGAUUUUAGCGCACAACAGCAUCAAAGAAUGGGAAUAUCUUAUGGACUUUUCGAAAACAAAAUAUCUAGACUUGAGCAGAAAUGAGAUUUCAGUAGUGACUGUUGAAAUGGCAGAAUCGUUUUUAGGAGUUCAAGUAGAAUUAAGUGAAAAUCCAUUUGACUGUUCGCCCUGUUCUAUUAACCUGUUUUAUGACUGGUUUAAGAAAGCGAAUGUAAAUUGUAUAGAUUGUAUCUGCGCUACUCCUAAAUCUGACAGAGGAAGAAACGUGUUAACGCUUUCUAGCAAGACUUUGUGCAAUCAAAAUUCUAAAUGGAGCAAGUUUUUCAUAGGUGGUUGUGUGAUUUUUGUCAUAGGAAUUUUGUGUGUUAUAGCGACUGCCUUAAUCACUUUUCGAAUAAGUAAAAAGUAUACUACACACUUGAGCAGAAAUGAGAUUUCAGUAGUGACUGUUGAAAUGGCAGAAUCGUUUUUAGGAGUUCAAGUAGAAUUAUGUGAAAAUCCAUUUGACUGUUCGCCCUGUUCUAUUAACCUGUUUUAUGACUGGUUUAAGAAAGCGAAUAAUAAAUUACGGUUAAUUCUAUUUAAUAUUAUAAAUAUAAAUUUAUAUAUAUUUUCAGGUAGGUCUAUCUUGUGCAUCUUAUUUUUACACAUUCAUAUCGCUGUAGUAUAUUCUUCUUGGAACGUUCACAAUAAUACAUGCAAAAACGUAGAUCAAACAGAAAAAAUAAACUUGGCCGGAUGUAUCACAAAAUUUGAUUCUCAAAGUCGUUUGCACGCCGAAUGUGAGAUGUAUACUUAUAUGAUGCAUUACAGUAAAUUAUUCGGAUUUUGGAAAGAUGUUCUUUUAUUGAAUGUUGGAUUAGUGAGUGAAGAACCUGUACAAAACCUUACAAAACCCGUUUGUUUACUAUUAGGAAAUAUCACAAUUUUUAAGUCCCGUCAACCUGUUGAUUAUGAAAAUCAUAAUAAUCAUUUUAUAUUAUCACCAGAUUUCUUGAAUCAGGGUUUCAGUGAAAUAGAGGAAAUGAAAUUCGUAAUUAAAUUCCAUAAGAAAAGAGCGUACGCAAUUGCUUCUAGUAACGGAUAUUGCAGUGUUUUAUCUUUUCAUGAUAAACAAAUUAAUGAAAGCCAAAAUUGCACUAUUUAUAUUGACGCAAUUAAAGAAAUGAUAUUCACCAAAUUCUGGUUUCAGGAUGAUCCCCAUAAUUGCAGUUUAUUACAAUGCAUAAUGAUAUGUUUGGACGAGGUUUUCUUUGUAAAAGAUGCUGUUAUAGAUAUUCUCAAAGUUGAUUUUACGUCAGCCGUUGAAACACCAAUAAUCUUUUUCCAAUUUCUUUCAUUAUUCAAUAUUACAAAAUUGGAUCUUUCUAAAAAUUAUUUUGAUAUAAUAGAGAAAGAUCAAUGUCCAGAAUUUCCAUCAUUAAUUAGUUUGGAUUUAAGUCAAGGCGACAUAAAGUUUAUUGAAUCAAAUGCUUUUGAAGACUUUAACCAUUUGCGAGAAUUGAAUCUCAGUCACAACAAAUUACAGUCCGUACCUGAAACUAUAUCACUUCUACCUACUUUAAGAAUACUCGAUCUGUCUGAAAACCAUAUUUAUAAUCUAAACACAUCGUCAGCAUCUAAUAUUACUGUAUUAAUACUUCGAGGUAAUCGUUUGCUUACACUGAAAUCAUCUUCAUUAAUUUCAUAUCCGAAACUUCAGCAUCUCGACUUAUCUAAAUGCUCUUUGAUCAAUCUUCAUCCAGGUGUAUUUAACAACUGCAUAUUUCUGGAAUAUUUAGACUUAUCUGAAAAUCAUCUUUCUUCUCUUCCGAAAAACUUUUUCGUUGGUAUUACUUCACUUAAAAUGCUUAAUUUAACGAAUAAUUAUUUUGUUGUGAUUCCUGACUUGCAUCCCAUUGUAUUUUUACAAACAUUAGACAUGUCGUAUAAUUUCUUGAAGAAUAUAUCUAAAUCAAGUAACGUUCGGCUAGAAAAUAUGAUUUUAGCGCACAACAGCAUCAAAGAAUGGGAAUAUCUUAUGGACUUUUCGAAAACAAAAUAUCUAGACUUGAGCAGAAAUGAGAUUUCAGUAGUGACUGUUGAAAUGGCAAAAUCGUUUUUAGGAGUUCAAGUAGAAUUAAGUGAAAAUCCAUUUGACUGUUCGCCCUGUUCUAUUAACCUGUUUUAUGACUGGUUUAAGAAAGCGAAUGUAAAUUGUAUAGAUUGUAUCUGCGCUACUCCUAAAUCUGACAGAGGAAGAAACGUGUUAACGCUUUCUAUCAAGACUUUGUGCAAUCAAAAUUCUAAAAGGAGCAAGUUUUUCAUAGGUGGGUGUGUGAUUUUUGUCAUAGGAAUUUUGUGUGUUAUAGCGACUGCCUUAAUCACUUUUCGAAUAAGUAAAAAGUAUACUACACGUUUAUAAACUAAAUGUAUAAAUAAUUAAGAUUCAUAUUUUUACUUAUUUCAAUAUUACAUGAUAAAUAAUGUAUUAAAUUUUCAUUUUAAUGUUUUGAAUUUUGUAAUUAUUAUUCAAAUAUGUUUGUAUGAUACUGUGUGUUUACAGUACUUUGAAACAUCACCGUUUAAAUUCUUAAUAACCUAAGCAUAUUUUUUUAAAUUAUAAACGACUAUACUAUAUAAUAUUAAUACACCAACGUCAAAGCUUUUCUGGUAACGUUGUUUGUUAUUGUUGGUGCUGUAGUUACGCGUUAAAAAUGGCUACGGUACUUCUAAUCUAAAAAAUCUGAAGAAAAUAGAUAUUUUUACAUGGUAUAUUGACUUAAGAUUAAUCUUAGGCAUGCAGCAAAAAUUCAGUAAUGAGUGGUACUUUGUGUGGCAUUUUAAUUGUUAAGAAUUAAAAUUGUAAAGUUUCAAACAAU